UGCUGCCUUUUAGGAGCUGAAAUGCAUAAAAGCAGCUGGCACAGUAGAAGGCACGGGAGAAGGGGCCACCGACACAACGCUGGGUUCGGGCAACAUGGUUCUAACGAGAGGAAUGACGCAGGGGCGCAGCAGAGCCCGUGGGCUUCCAGCGAUGGCCGUGGGGAGGCCCCCUCAACCUCCAGCCCAGCUGGCAGCUCUUCUGUGCCAGAUCUACCAGGUUAUUACUUUGAUCCUGAAAAGAAGCGUUACUUCCGCUUGCUGCCUGGACAUAACAACUGCAACCCUCUCACGAAGGAGAGUAUCCGGCAGAAGGAAAUGGAGCGCAAGAGGCUGAAGCUGCUAGAGGAAGAGAAAUGGCAGGGAAAGAAAAUAGCCAGGUUGGGAUUUAAUACAUCUUCCUUACUCCAGAAAAGCAAGCUGGGUUUUCUCAAUUCCACCUGUUACUGCCGUUUAGCCCACGAGCUGCGAGUGAGCUGCAUGCAGAGGAAAAAGGUCCAAAUUCAGAGCUCGGAUCCCUCUGCUUUGGCAAGUGACCAGUUUAACCUGAUAAUGGCGGAUACCAACAGUGAGCGGCUCUUCACUGUGAAUGAUGUCAAAGUCGGGGGCUCCAAGUACGGCAUCAUCAGCCUGCACGGCCUGAAGACCCCCACGUUCAGGGUGCACAUGCACGAAAACCUCUAUUUCACCAACCGGAAGGUGAACGCCAUGUGCUGGGCCUCGCUGAAUCACCUGGAUUCCCACGUUCUGCUGUGCCUCAUGGGAAUUGCAGAGACUCCGGGCUGUGUCACCCUGCUCCCCACAUCGCUGUUUGUCAGUAAUCAUGCAGCAGGAGACCGGCCUGGCAUGCUCUGCAGUUUCCGGAUCCCCGGGGCCUGGUCCUGUGCGUGGUCCCUGAACAUCCAGGCAAACAACUGCUUUAGUACAGGCUUGUCUCGGCGAGUCCUGGUGACCAGCGUGGUGACGGGACACCGGCAGUCGUUUGGGACCAGGAGUGACGUCUUGACCCAGCAGUUUGCUCUCACGGCUCCUUUGCUGUUUAACGGCUGUCGUUCUGGUGAAAUCUUUGCCAUUGAUCUGCGUUGUCAAAAUCAGGGCAAGGGCUGGAAGGCCACCCGCCUGUUCCACGAUUCUGCAGUGACCUCCGUGCAGAUCCUCCAAGAAGAGCAGUGCCUGAUGGCGUCCGACAUGGCCGGAACGAUCAAGCUGUGGGACCUGAGGACCACUAAGUGCAUCAGGCAGUACGAAGGGCACGUGAACGAGUAUGCCCACCUGCCCCUACACGUGCACGAGGAGGAAGGAAUCGUGGUGGCAGUGGGCCAGGACUGCUACACGAGAAUCUGGAGCCUCCACGAUGGCCAACUGCUCAGAACCAUACCCUCCCCAUACCCCACCUCCAAGGCCGACAUUCCCAGCGUGGCCUUUUCUUCUCGGCUUGGCGGCGCCCGGGGAGCGCCAGGGUUGCUCAUGGCCGUCCGGCAGGACCUUUACUGUUUCUCCUACAGCUGACUGCAGGGUGCGGCCUGGAGGGAUGUGAACGUGACUCAAGGGAGCUAAGGCAGCCGUAUUUUUGCCACAAUUGCUGUUUCCAGUGAGGGCAUUUUAAGUGGGUGGUCUAUGUGCACAUGUACCAUCCAUCCAGCUGCUGAGGAAGAGGUGCUAUGUUUUAUGUGGAGAUACUUCAGUAAAGUGAUUUCAGUUAAGUUGUGGGCUCAAGAGCCUUGAAAGUCCUUUUCAUAAAAGGUGCCUAUUUCUUGUUGAAUUCCUUAGGAUCUCUCUCCCCCUCUUUUUUUAACAAAAAAUAAUUUUCUAAAGGCUGAAGGUAGACAGUAACUAAAGCUGCUUUUUUCACCAAAAGCCCUUUCAAGAAGCCUGAUGAGACUGUUAGUAGUCAGUGCCUGGGUCCCAGAAAGACAUCCUUGAGAAAGCCAAGUGAGAAGGGGAAGUCAUUUCUCUGAGUCUUUAGAGGAAGAUUUUUAAGGCUGAGUUGGUCAUCAUUAAAUUCGCCUUCUCAAACUCACUGAACACCAGUGUCAGAUCUCUGGGAUUCUCAUUUAUUACCAUUCAUUGGCUUUCAAAGGAAAGAUGGAUCCUUUCAGAUACUAGGCAGGCCUUAGCAUGCAUUUCUUGAAGCACCUUCCAGAAUGUUAGGUACAGCAGCGCCUGAUUUUAUCAUGGUGACUUGAACAUCCGAUUCAAGGUCCCCAAUUCAAAGAAAAUGGGCUUUGCCUUUUUGUAAUCCAAGAGCAGCAGUUUGUGAGAUGUUUAUACAGUGUUAAUACAAAGAGCUUAUCUUUCUACCAAAUAAAGAACCACAACACGGUG